CUAUAUGGUUAGAAAACACUAUGAGAAAUGGAUAUAAAACGUUAUAUUUUCUAUGAGUAUGUUACAAAACUAACACUUUCUCUUAAUUACAAAAAUUAAAAGUCACUGCAACCAUUUACGAUAUAUAUCUAAAAAAUAUAAAAGGUAAACAUUUCGGUCUCGAACUAAUUCAUAAAUUACCGCUCGUAGCCUGAAAAUGCGCAUGCGCAUAAACCGAGAAAAAAGCAAAAUGGCGGACGCAAACCAGAAAAAACGACGAGGUCCUAAAAGUUACUUGACGGAAAGUGCAAGAAAACGAAGGAAACAAGAAUCAGAACAGAGAAGAGGAGAGGCGAGAAUCUACAUCAGCAAAGAGAUAGAUAGAUGGCGUAAGGUAAAGGAAGAUCUCGCACUGGAGACUGAUUCUAAAUUAGCGAAGCUGCUUCUUGACAGUUAUGAAUUUAAGAAAAUAUCAGAUAAAUCCACCACUUCAACCGGCCACAUCCAUAUGUAUUCCACACCUGCAAGAAGAUAUAUACCUCCACGAGAGUAUUCAGAAAGUGAAGUCACUAUAAGUGGUCGAGAAAUGUCAGGAGUGUUUGUGCAAGAAUGUUGGAAAGACAUGUCAUUGCCUGGACCAUCCACAAGUGAUUUUCAGAAUCAACAUAUUCAGAAGGCCGAUAUCACUACCAAAGAGGCGAGCAGCUUCAUAAAUCCUUUUGACUUAACAAUAGAUGUCACUGAAAAUGUCGACGAGGAUGACCAAACCACUGAUGAUGAGGAUUAUGAACCAAGUUUCGACAUCACUCUCAGGGAAUGUGGGCAGGUGUUUUGCACCACGUCGUUGGUGAGCAUUCGUGGGGUAUUCCAUACACAGAUGAUGGAGUUGCUGAAUGUUCACAUGGCCCCUUGUCUGAUGUUGAAGCUGUAGGAAAGUCUCUGGAAAAGGGCAGUACAGCUCACAACACACUGAGGAAGGUUAAUUGUGCUCUACAAACCAUUCCUCGACAAAAUACACUACUUUCUGAACUUUAGAAGUACAGCAGAACUUGAAAACUAUCACCAGUUGAUAUUAACGUAUGCAGCCAAAAGGUUUGCUUACACUCCGCCUGUUUACAAGGCACGCACCAUUUUGGCAGCUCUUGACUACAACUUCCACAUCGAUAGAGAAACAAAGACAAAUGCAGAUGGCUCAGUAAGGUACCACAGAACUUACAACAAGAAAAGUGGAAGGUGGUCCGCUGUGCCCUACAAAGUGAAAAAGAAAUACAGCUACAUCAGUGACCUGAUUUCUGCUGUAGUUGAAAAGAGGCUACUUGAUAGAGAAGGAAUGCAUAAAAGCAAGACGUUAUCGCCCUAAGAUCCCAGACACAUUUCCAGCGGUUUAGCCCUCCUUACUCCACCUUCUACUGCCACAUUAGUAGAAGAAAAAAAGUCAAGACUUAAGUGAUUCUAGUGUCACAAAUAGGACUCAACAAUCUGCUGGCUACUCCUCCUAAACCACUUAGGAGAUUUCAACAAAACUUGCUACAAGGCUACUGUCAUUAUUCUAUGAAUAACCUCAUUGGGGAAGUGGGGAUGUUGUUAGGUGUUGGCCCACAACAGCUACAUUUGUAGCUAUUAUUAUUUGUAGUAUAUGCCAUAUAAGAUUUGGGUUUCACAUGUGUUUUAUGUUUCAAAAUUCAUGUGCAAAACUAAUCUACUACUUGUCGGAUGGAAAAUGUAUGUCUAUGAAAAGUAUUGUGUAUGUACCAAUUAUUGUGUCACAAGUUUGGCUUGUUCACACAUUUUGUAUGUAUGGUGUGAUAUUCACAGGUAUGAUGUAUAUGUGACAAGUUUGUUAAGUAUAAUGUAUGCGUCACAACUUUGCUAAGUAUAGUGUAUGUGUCACAACUUUGCUAAGUAUGGUGUAUGUGUCACAACUUUGCUAAGUAUAGUGUAUGUGUCACAACUUUGCUAAGUAUGAUGUAUGUGUCACAACUUUGCUAAGUAUAGUGUAUGUGUCACAACUUUGCUAAGUAUAGUGUAUGUGUCACAACUUUGCUAAGUAUGGUGUAUGUGUCACAACUUUGCUAAGUAUGGUGUAUGUGUCACAACUUUGCUAAGUAUAGUGUAUGUGUCACAACUUUGCUAAGUAUGGUGUAUGUGUCACAGGCUGGCUAAAUAUGAUGUAUGUGUCACAAGUUUGGAAUGUGUCUUUAGUAUGGUCUGUGUAUGUGAACAUUACAGUGUUCGGGGAUGAUCAUCUGUAUUCAUAGCCUUUUUUGUAGUGAAUUCGUCUACAGAUUUUAUUUGGUGCUAACAAUAAAAAUAUGACACAAGU